UGGGCAACGUCGCUGGCGGCGCCUCCACCUCCCUCCCCCCGUCCAGUCACACCCCCCCCCCGCACUCAGUCUACAGGUCAGCGCACACGCUCACAGCCGUACUAGAAGUCGCCUGGAAAGGAGAGAGUCCCUUUUUGUGGUGCAUAAGCCAAUUGGAGCAGCAUAAUGGUGGCCAAACAAAGGAUUCGCAUGGCAAAUGAGAAACACAGUAAAAACAUCACACAGCGAGGGAAUGUUCCUAAAAGUUCGAAAUCAACACCAGAUGAAAAAUCAUCAGUUGGUCCCUGGCUAUUGGCACUAUUCAUUUUUGUUGUUUGUGGAUCAGCUAUCUUCCAGAUUAUUCAGAGCAUCCGGAUGGGCAUGUGAGAUGGACAAAACACAAACUUCUGUACCUUUUAAGUGUCUUGCUGUUAAUUCCAGCUGUGAGUCUGACCAUUCCAACACUUUCUUUAUCUUAUAAACAAUGGAUUUUACAGAACUCUGUCUGUAAAUGCUUCUGACAAACUUAAUUCCAUGGUGUUGCUAAACGUCCAGUUCAUUCCUUCGUAUCUCUCUCUCUGGAGGCAAGGGUACGGUGAAAGCCAUCCAGCAAUUUGAUUUUGUAUUUUAAUCAGGGAAACCGUUUGUAAGUUCAUAUUUAAUGUGAAUAUUUUAGCAUUAUAUAUAGUAAGAGUAUGUAGGUGAGAACCCAUUUUGUGCAUUCUGAAUUUUGUUCCCAUCCUUUCACACUAAACAUCAAAAAUUGUAGAGAAGAUGAAUCUACUGCCUGUCCCCUUUUGAGAUACAAAAUGUGCAUCUUUCGAAAUUAAAUUUAUAAUUCCAGAAAAGUGCCUUUUUUUGUAUAUUAAAAUGUACAACCAUUUUGAGACUUGGAUGGGAAUGAUUUUUGAAGGUAAAUUGAUUUUGAUUUUUCUUUUCAUUUGAAGUAGGCGACCUUUCUAAAGUCUUUUAGUAUCUGAUGAAGCAAACUCUGGUCUAACUUUUUUGGGGAGGGAAGCAGCGGGUUUAAGUUUUAAUUGAACUGAGGUAACGGUAAUCUGGUACUGAGGUACAAUGUUCUGAGCAUGUUUUGAGGGCAAGCACGGCCAUUUCAAACGUGCUCACCGGCAGUUUCUUCUCUGUGGUAAUUGAAACAAUCAAAAUACAAUCUGCUUCAUUGUCAACAGUAUAGUCUGAAACUGUUGUAAAUCACAGCAUGAUAAUAUUGCCACUUUUUUUUGGCCACUUGUUGCUGCUUUGUCUUAUCAGGGCCAAUCGAUUUGUGUUUGAAUGUAAGCAACUGCAGCAUUUUGUCGCCCAAAUAAAUAUAUUUUUGCUUGAUUCAGCUGAUGUGCUCAUUUUAAAUCUCAUUGUCUUCAAAGAUAAACGACUUUUCAGAACAGUUAUUGUAAUAAAUGAUUACCUUCAAGUGCCAUUCAUUAUUACUGGAGAGUCUGAGUGAUAACUUGUGAAGCGGGAGAAUCUAUGAACCCAAGGCAGGUAAAUAUAAUUGUCCUCCAUUUCAAAUCAUGUGCAAUUUAUUUUUGUUAUUAAAAUGUAGAUGUGGAAAUGUUCCUGAGAACUAUUUAGAUCGUGGUACAUCUAGUUUACAAGCCUGCAGUCCACAUGUGUGUGUCACAUUUACACAUGAUUGGCUUGUGCUCUGUCCAUGAAACCUGCCAGUGAAGUUUGUUUCCCUUCCUGAUCGAGGAGGUAUAUCAGAACUGGGGAAGAGGAUGCUGAAAUCUUUCUUGACAAUGCAAAUGCCUAACACAUUGCUGCCAUGGGAACGAGGCCAGUGUUAAGUUUUGUAACAGAGAAAUGCAAUAAAGAAAAUUAUAUCUCACAACA